GGCUUCCCAGGGCUGUGCAGGUAACGUGCGGAGCGAGGUGAGUGCGAGGGUGCAGCUUCGAUGCCUUCCAGGUCCCUCUGAUGGGGCGCAAUCCUCCUGUACAUUCUUCCCUCUAUCCCUCGCUCCGAGCCCGCUUGGGGAGAGCCUGGAGCUGUGCCUAGGCCACUUCGCAGAUUCGCGGGUUGCUUAUUCCUCUGCGGGUGCCUUUGCUCGCUGUGUGUCCUCCUAGGGUUCUAUUGCACUUACCGGAUUACUCUUCCACUUACCAGCGCCUCCUGUGUGUUGGUGCUGGCAAGCGCCUUAGUGGACAAAGCUCAUUACAGGGCCAGGUCUCAUCACGGUCUUAGCUUUCCCCUUUAUUAGACACUUUCAAAGCACCAAGUCCUAUGUAGGUUUUUAAAUUUAGUAGUGUUUUAAAGUCUGAGACACAAUAUCACUAAUUACCCAGGGUGGCCCAGAGCUCACUCUAGCCCAGGCUGACCUUGAAUUUGGAGAACUUCUACCUCAGCCUCCCAAGUAGCUAGAUCCAGUCAGUCCUGGGCCACGAGGUCUGGCCUUUUGUAAUUUGUAUUCACAAUUAGAUGUGUGCUUCUGUUUAAUACAUAUCUCUCCCUGAUGUUAAGUUCUGUAAUGGCAGGGGCAAUGUCUUGAUAACUGCUCAGCCCUUAGUGCCUGUACACAAUAAAUAUUAACGAUCUUGUAAAAUGUGAAGUCUCUUCUAAUGAGCACUUGGACUUUGUGAGGAAAGUGUGUAUGAGCCAGCAGAGGACUCAUCCGAGACUGUGGACCUGGAGUUAGACCCAUAAUCCCAGCACUCAGGUGGCGGAGGCAGGAGGAUCAAGUCAGUAAAGGCUGGCUCAAAUAUGGUGAGCCCCUGGCCCAAAACACCAAACCAAACCAAACCCAACAAAAACAACAGUCCAGAUUACCCCACAAGCCACAUAAGAUGGGACAACUUGCAUAUGUUGAAAGAGUGGAAUUUACACCAUAGCAUGAUCAAGCAGUAACAUUCUGACACAUUUCGUUUUAGUGCAGAUACAUUAAUAACAGCCGCCUGCCUCAGCCAGCAGAGGGUUGGUUACCCAGAAGUGCCCUCGUCAGGCGGAUUAGCCAUCUAGGGGGGCCAGGGAUUGAUCUUCCAGAAGUGGGGGUGGGCUCCCUCCCAGGUUCAGGGCCUCCCCCUCUCUUCCCUUUCACCACUUGCUGGGUGACACCUAAAUCCAGCUUUUCUGAUCAGAAUCAGUUACCUUAUACCCUUGCAGACAAGUUUGCUUCCUCAGACUUGUAUCCUAAGGAGCGAGUGCCCUGAAACCCUGGAAUGCCUCUCUCUACAGUCUCCUGUGAGAGGAUGGAAGUUGGGCCUGGGCUUGUUUUUAGUAACUGUUCUUUUGGUAAGUUUUUCACAGUGACGCCUAUUCUUUAACCCAUUCCUUGUAAAGUGGAAUUUGCUUCUUAUCUUGAAUCUCUGUUUUUUUUUUUUUUAAAGAUUUAUUUAUUAUAUAUGAGUGCACUGUAGCUGUCUUCAGACACACAAGAAGAGGGCCUCAGCGCUCAUUACAGAUGGUUGUGAGCCACCAUGUGGUUGCUGGGAUUUGAACUCAGGACCUCUGGAAGAGCAGUCAGUGCUCUUAACCACUGAGCCAUGUCUCCAGCCCAAAGAUUUAUUUAUGUUAUUCAUAUAAGUACACGGUAGCUGUCUUCAGACAUGUCAGAAGAGAGCAUCAGGUCUCAUUACAGAUGGUUGUGAGCCACCAUGUGGUUGCUGGGAAUUGAACUCAGGACCUCUGGAAGAGCAGUCAGAGUUCUUAACCACUGAGCCAUUUCUCCAGCCCCUUAUCUUGAAUAUCUUACUGGGACAGUUUUGACCUGUGUUUUUUAAAAGGAGAUGGUUUGUGUUGGUAAGAUAGUUUGUUCCUUCAGUGCUCAAGAGAUGUGGAGUGCCUCAAUAGGAAAGCCUUGGAGUCAGAGGGCAGAAAGUACAAGGGGAAAUGGUAAGAAUCUUAGCUGUGGUUUCUAUAAGAUGAUCAGGUGAAGCAGCAGUGCACUCUGGGAGAUAGGGAUUUCCCUGCUUGUUUGGUGCUGACCUUGAAGAGAUUAGUAUAGGAAAUUGAUGGUCUUGAGGAUGAGAGCCUCACUGAAAACUUGGAAGGAGGGGAUUCUGGGUCUGUUGGUUUCCAGGGAAAGGAAGUCCUUGCUGAAUUGCUUACUGCUAUGGGAACUGUCUAGCCCUGAGAGGGACUGUGAAAGCAUCGAAAUAAAAGGGGGCUUAGCAUACUGUGCAGCACUAGCUACUGUACUUACGGUAUUAGCUCUUUCCAGGAGAGUGGAAUCCCAGAAUCUCGCCAUGAUUACCUGACUGACUGAUUAGGAUUGUCUGACUUCAACACUAGGGGUUUUCGUGAGUUACAUCACUACUUGAAACCUGCUAACUGCUGUGGGAAUGUUUCUCAGUUUGUAUAGUGUUGAUCAGUGCAUCCUGGAAAUUAUAUUUUUAUUAUGACACAUGUAAAUAUAUAUGUAUAUAUGUGCAUAUUAUAUGCAUACAUAUGUAUACAUGUGCAUAUAUGUUCAGUGUUAUAAUCCUGUAUAUAAUGUACAGUGUCAUGUGAUUCAUUGGGUUGAGUGACAGAAACAUUGUAGUUUGUGUAGUCAUGGACAAGACCAGAAGUCCCAUUAAGGUGUGUGAAUUAAUUUAUGUAUUUGUCUGUGUGAGUUUAUGUGGCCCAUGUGCAUGGGAGUCCUUGGAACUAGAGUAAUAGAAGGUUGUGAGCCACUGUGUCGGUGCUAGGAACUGAGCCUGGGUUCUCUGUAAGAGCAGUGGGUGUAACCACUGAGCCAUCUCUAGUUCACCUUCUAGUCGUGUGUUUCUUGACAAAAAGUCAAGGGCUUUGAAAGAAAUGCAGUUCCCUUUACCCUUGUCUUUUAUGGGUUCUUGACUAAGUCAGGGUUCUCAGCAUUGACAUCUCAGAAUGAUUUGUGGCUUGAUUGGGAUCUGAUUUAGGAGCGUCUGACUGAGCUAGAACACAGCCUGAGUGAAUAAGUACAUUAAAGUUUGUGUUUUAAAAAAAUAGCCAGACACAUAUGAAGGGCACAUAUAUAGCAUUCUUACUAAUAAUAUAUUUAUAUAUACACACAUGUACAUAUUUUUAAGAUUAAUGUAUGUACAUGUUCUGUUCUGAAUGUUUGCAGUGCCCUUGGAAGCCAGAAGAGGGCAUUAGAUCCUCUGGAACUCAAGUUGUAGACUGCUGUCAGCUGCCACGUAUGUGCUGAACUCUGUCAGAUUCUCUGGAAGAGCAGCCAGUGCUCCUAACCCCUGAGCCAUCCCUCCAUCCUCCCAGAUGUCCAGAGAAACAGCGGCCUUGGCCUGUCGUGCUCCAAAAGGACAAAGUGGGCUCAGCUUUGUGAAAACUGAAGAGAAAGAUGGUGUUUGGAAGCAGGACUUUGGUUUCCAGGGACACCUCCAGAGCCAGGAGGUUUUCCGUCAGCAGUUCAGACAGUUUGGCUACUCUGAUUUCACUGGGCCCCGGCAGGCUCUGAACCAACUGCAGAAGUUUUGCCAGCAAUGGCUGAGGCCAGAGGAGCACUCCAAGGAGCAGAUCCUUGAGCUGCUGGUGCUGGAGCAGUUUCUGACCAUCUUGCCUAUGGAGCUAAAGGCCUGGGUGCAAGAACACGGGCCCAGAAAUGGAGAGGAGGCUGUGACUCUGUUGGAGGAGCUGGAGAGAGAAUUUGAUGAACCCAAGCACCAGAACACAGCUCAUGGUCAAGAAAUGAUCUGCAAAGAAACGACACUCAUGGGAAUGUCGGAGUCUCUGAGUAGUCCACUGCAGUCCUUGGAAAACCAUUGCAAGAGUGAACUUCAGGAGCCCCAGGUUUUCCAUGAGAGAGACAAGGCGACCCUACCAUUUAGGGUUGAGGAUGAAGACAGCAAGAUGGCAACUGGGAAAGCAUUGACAGCAAAGCAAGAAGGGAUUGAAUGUGUUGCAUCAGUGGCCAUGGAAUCUCCAGGAAGACUUCCUAGGGAAACUUCUCCAGUACAGAGAGUUGAAGAAACUAUGGAAUUUCUGGACAACGAGAAGCAACAAGGAAGUGAUGAUACAAGCAACAAAACGAGUCCGCUUUCUUCUCAGGAAGGCGGUUUCAGUUUGGCACCCUUUAGCAAGAAAACGCCUACAGAACAGAACAUCUUUGAGUAUAAUGAAAGUGAAGGGAUCCUUAGUCAAAACUUACAUGGUACUACACAGCCCAGAACUGACACAGGGAAACUGCUCUAUGCAUGCAUGGAUUGUGGGAAAGCUUUUUGCAAUAGGUCAAAGCUGAUUAGACAUCAGAGAAGUCAUACUGGAGAGAGACCUUAUGCAUGUAAAGAAUGUGGAAAGGCCUUUGGUUUCAGAGCAGACCUUGUUAGACAUCAGAGAAUUCACAGUGGUGAAAAACCCUAUAAAUGCUGUGACUGUGGAAAAGCUUUUGGGAACAACACAGGGCUUACUAGGCAUAGGAGAAUUCAUACUGGAGAGAAACCUUAUGGUUGUGAUGAGUGUGGGAGAGCCUUCAGUCAGUGUUCUACUCUUAUUCAGCAUAAGAAGAUUCACAGUGGAGAGAAACCUUACAGUUGUGAAGAAUGUGGAAGAGCCUUCGUCCAGAGUUCUGCUCUUAUUCAGCAUAAGAAGAUUCACAGUGGAGAUAAAGGCUUUAAAUGCACUGAAUGUGGGAAAACUUUUUGGACAAGUUAUGUUCUUAGGGAACAUCAAAGAAUCCACACUGGUGAGAAACCUUAUCAAUGUAAUGAAUGUGGAAAGUCCUUUAAUAGAAGCACAGCACUCACUGUUCACCAAAGAACUCACUCUGGGGAGAAACCUUAUGAAUGUAAUGAAUGUAGGAAAACAUUUAGGCAUAGGUCAGGCCUUGUGCGACAUCAGAGAACACACACCAGAGUUAAACUCUGAGGGUAAGUGGUUGUACAACUGUGAAAUGUAAGGAAUUCUCUUUGAAGGCGAGACUCCACAGAAGAUAGAGAAGUUUCCUAAUGGCAGGACUUUUGUCUUUCCAGCCCAGUUCUUUUCUGAAAAAAAGAGAUCCACACAAAAUGCUUGCAUAUUGAAAGAAGAAUUUUAUCCAGAACUUGUCUACAAAGAAUGGUAUUUUCUAAGGGGGGAAAAGACUGACUCAUUUCUGGAUGAGGACUCUAACCCAUCUGUUCUUCAUCCCACUUCACUGCAGAUAGAACUGCCAUUGAGCACCUUCAUGUAAGUCCAUGACUGAGGCACAGAUCCUAAGAUCUCUAUAAGAUCUGUCUAGUGUUUGUGCCUGACAGGAUAUUUUAAGAAUUACUGAACCCUGAAAUGUUUAAUUGAGGCUAUGAAAUGUCAUGUCCUGGAUCAGUUUCAUAUCUGAGGAAUGGAAAAGCACCCUUGUUAGUGCUUUUAACCCUUAGCUUUCUGCUGCAGUCUAUUUCCUUAUUUGGAAAUUGCUGGGCUUAGCCACUGGAGAACAGGCUUGGUCAUUGCACUCUCCAAAUUAAAGGCUAAUAGAAUAUACAUAUUUAAGUGUGUGGCAAUAACUGCCAGAUAAAUUCAGGGUUCUGUUGGAAGACAUAUCAGAGAUGUUUUCUGAUCUAUGAGUUAACUAAAAAUUCCUUGGAUGUGAUAUUGAGAUGUAAAAAUGUAGAAGCAGCAGCUUGGCUAAUGGCAGAACAGAGGCAGAGGUCAUAGCAUACAUGGCACGAUGAGAAGAGGAUAUGGAGACAUUCCUGUAUUUUGACCCUCGUUCAGAAGCCAGAUUGGUUUCUUCUCCUGUUGGUAAUAGCCUGAGUUGGAUAAUGUAUUUCACAUCAUAAGUGACCUACAUGAUCUAGAAGUAUUCAGAAUUAUGAUAGAAAAUAAAACUGGUGUUUCUAAAGUCAUGCCUGUAUACUAAGGAAACAGCAGGCAUGGGAAGCUGAAGGACACUGGAGUCUGGAGCGUCCUUGGCAUUAGGUUUGCAGAUGAUAAGCCACUUGAGGGAAAUACAGAGCCAGUCCUUCGGAUUCUACAGAAUUCUUCCUUGAGUUUAAUUUGGCAGUUUUAAUUAAUCCACAAUUGCUGUGGGUAAUUUCUACCUAGGAGUGUACUUUAAAAAAAAAACAAAACACUUGGUAAUAAUCGCUAUUGUGAGUAAAUGAGGUGACAUUGGAUAUGGUACUUCUAAAGGUUGUGCAAUUUAUCAUUUAAGAUCUACCAUAAAGGGAUCAUUCAAAUGGACAGUGAAUUGCCUUUUCUUAUAGGUGACAAGUGAAUGAGUCAAUGUUUUAAAUAUUUAUCCUUUUUCUAAUUGUGAAUGUUGAUAAAUCAAGUCAUCCAUAAUCCCAUUACCCAUAGCAAAAUUAACUUUUGAACUUCCUAUUAAAGUUUUUCCCCAAUUCUAAUAGUUUUGGUAAGAAUCUAGUGUGACUUUGCUAACCUUUAACAUUUAUAUGUUCAGUUUGCACUCCAGCUGCUUAGUACUGUCAGCGUGUAAUGGUAAUGUACUGUAAUAAAACUGAAAUUUUAAA